GCAAUUUUUACAACCCGUUUAUGGGCGCCAAAUGGAAUUUACCUAAACAUGGUUGAGCAGGUGCCAGGCGUCAGCACAACCGCCGGUCAAGCUUUCGACUGUUCCAAGGAAACAGCAAAACCGUACCGCUCUUAAUGAAAUCAAACCAAUAGUUUGCUGGGCUCUCUUAUUCAUUUAUCUUUCUGCGAUUUUGGUAUCUGUAGGUAUGCCAUUUUGCUUCCUUUUCGUGUGAAGUUAUACUCUGUAAAAUGUGCAUUCGCCCGAUGAUUUAGUUGGUCGUAAUUCCAAAAAGGGGGAAAAGAUAAAAUGUCGUUCAAAAAACCACAAGCAAGUGGUCCAGAAAGGUCUCAAGAAGAGGAGCAAGCAAAGAUAAAUGAUGUUCGGAAGAUGAUUGGUCCGAUUGCGGAUAAAGUUCCUUGUCAGUGUGACGAUGCAUCGAUACGAAGGUUUCUUAGAGCAAGAAAUUGGAACACCAAAAGAACAGCCAAGAUGUUGAAAGAGGCCAUCAAGUGGCGUAUACAGUACAAGCCGGAAAAGAUUCGAUGGGAUGAUGUUGCUCAAGAAGCUCAGACGGGGAAAAUUUACAGAGCCAAUUAUGUUGAUAAACAAGGAAGGACUGUUCUCGUCAUGAGACCUGGAUUCCAGAACACAACCUCUGUGGAAGGGCAAAUAAAAUACUUAGUAUAUUGCAUGGAGAAUGCAAUAGCGAACCUUGACCAUGGUCAAGAGCAGAUGGUAUGGCUAAUUGACUUUCAACAGUGGACCAUGGCUUGCAUAUCCGUGAAGGUCACUCGUGAAACAGCUCGUGUGCUGCAGGACCAUUAUCCCGAGAGGCUCGGGAUCGCGAUUCUCUACAAUCCCCCCAAAGUCUUCGAGUCCUUCUGGUUGCUCGUGAAGCCGUUUUUGGAGCACAAGACGUACAAGAAAGUGAAGUUUGUGUACUCGGACCACCCACCGAGCAUGAAGGUGAUGGAGUCCUUGUUCGACUUGGACAAAUUGGAAUCCGCUUUUGGCGGGAAAGGAACCGAGGCCUUCGACUACGAGAAAUAUGCCGUGCGCAUGAAGGAAGAGGAAAGACAGCCCGUGCCCUCGGAGCACACGAGCGAAAUACACGACUCGGAUUUCUUGGUCUCGGACGUUGGCUCCGAGGUCUCGGACACCGAAUCGGACAAUUACGAAGCCGGGCCUGGAUUGGAGGCCCUCGAGGAGAUUCAACGCCUGCAGCAGCUCGACUGCAAGGGCGAAACCGACAAUUCGGGUGCAGCGAAGAAGUGAAGAAAGCAUGGUUUUACAAGGGGGAUGGAGUUGACUAAUGAAAAUCAAGUGAUCAUAACUCAUAAGUAGCUAUUCUUAUUUUCCACAUUUUACACAUCUUUUUUUUUUCAAUUCAAGCAAUAAAUUACCAUUAUUUUUAUUCUAUUGAGUAUUGACUGUGAGCUCCUAAUUCUAUAUCCUGAGUGUAGUUUCUUUCAACAGUUAAUCAAUAAUGUUGAUUUUUAUUUA